CGAGUAGUUAGUACCAAUACAACUUCAUUUUGUGUUGAACGGCCGUCUCAUAACUUUAAGCGUCCUCUCUACCUCUUUUCUACUGCUGUACACAGUCAGCUCCUGCUAAGCCGUCAGCAGUCCCCCCACUCGCGUUCUUGGCGACGCUUAACGGCCAAACACGACCCACCCAGCCGACCGGACGAACCAAACAAAAUGGCUAGAGAAAGUGGCCAGACUCCUGCCCCUGCUAGCAACCGAAGACUCUCCGCGAUGGUCCCUGGCGAACCAGACUGGAAAGACAGAUUCAACCAACCUGAAUUCGACUCCCGAUACAAGAGAGACCCGAAGCAGACCUUCGAUAUCCUGCUACAGAUCUUUAACAACCUGGAGACUGAAAGGGGCAAUCUCCUCGACGUCCAAGACAGACAGAGCCAGGAGAUUGCGAUCUUUACCGACCCGAACAAAGCCCGUAACGCCCGUCGCCAGUACAGUGGACUGCGUAUGAGGGUCGGAGAGAAGUUCUACGCCUUUAUCUCAAACUUCCGUUACCUAGCUGUGGAGGCAGGGAUCAGUGAGGAUAUUUGGAAGGAAGACUUGUACAACAAAAUACCUCCUAAACGAAGGAGGCAACUCUGUACAGUUUCAACAACGAGGAGCAUUCCUUUGACCGCUAUGUGAAAGAGUGCGCCAAUUCCGCUGACCUUGUCGAUGACAUGAUGAGAUACCGUACCAAGGGCAACACCGCAACUGCUGGCAGUCGUGGAAAGGCCCGUGGCCCUCGCACCGUCCCGGCUGCCUCAAGCCUUGAGAACACGGCCUCUAAAGCUCCCACCCGCGCUUCUAGCAUGGAACCCGAGGAUAGGGAGACCCUGAUGAAGGAAGGGAAGUGUUUUUACUGCAAGGAACCCGGCCACCGGAGCAGAGAAUGUCCAAAGAAGAAGACCAUGCAGGUAAAGGCCCUAGAGGCCCCGAAGGAGGAACCUGAGUCAGCAAAAGACGACGCCUAAAAGAGACUCCUUCCUGGACGAGUUGGAAGCUCAAGCCAGCACAGUGGACCUACGAGACCUGUUAGGGAAUGAC